AUGGCGUCUCAUGAAAAGCGUCGUAAAAUUGCAUCGAUCACAGUCUGUGGAAUGAAAUUUCACUCACGCUACGAGAGAUGGCGACAUUGUACUCGAACGUGUUCCGAAAUAGCAGUAUUUGUUAAAACUCUUAAACAGUAUAGUUUCACCUGUAGACGGUUUCGAAUUUGGAACGAAAUAAAAGUGACAAGUUUUCACGUAUGUGUAUCCGUUUAUAUUGUGAUAAAGUUUUUUGACCGCGAGGAAAGGCAGAGACGACAACGUACUAUAAGAUGCGACGAUACGACGCGCAGAUAUGUAACAAAUGAAUACGCAGCUUUAGAGCGUCAGAUUUACGCGGGAAGCAUAGUAAGAAGAAGCUGUCGAGAAAUUGUC